AAUUCGUCGCUUGCUAGCAGCCGUUGUCUCGCUGGUGCCUACGCUGUCCAAGGAGCCGCUCUAGGCUUUUGGGAGGCCGUCUGCAUUGCGUGGGGAAGGCUUGGACGACGCAAUCGCCUCGCUGGCCCCCGGGGCGGUUAGCGCUUCCGGGGUCGAAGGGUGCGCGGGGUUGAAAGCAGGCCGCUCCGCCCCGUCCCCCUCCCAGACCAGCAGAGGCAGCAGCCGGAGCAGCCGCAGCCUGCGCCCUCUCCCGCCCGCCCGCCCUCCGCCCGCCCGCCCGCCCUCCGCCGCCCUCCACCCGCCCCGGGGUCUCUUUCCCCCUUCCUCCUCCUCCUCCUCCACCCCCCCUUCCUCCUCCGCCCGCCCGCGGGGCCCCCCUCGCCUUCCCGCCCGCCCCUAUUGUUCCGCCCCCGGCCUCCCGCCCUUCCCCUUCCCGCCCGCUCCCCUUUUCCCCUCAGUCGCCUCGCGCCUGCAGUUUUUGGCUUUCACCCCCCACCAGUGACCAAAGACUUGACCACUCAAAGUCCAGCUCCCCAGAACACUGCUCGACAUGGACACCGGUGUGAUUGAAGGUGGAUUAAAUGUCACUCUCACCAUCCGGCUACUUAUGCAUGGAAAGGAAGUUGGCAGUAUCAUCGGAAAGAAAGGAGAAUCAGUUAAGAAGAUGCGCGAGGAGAGUGGUGCACGUAUCAACAUCUCAGAAGGGAAUUGUCCUGAGAGAAUUAUCACUUUGGCUGGACCCACUAAUGCCAUCUUCAAAGCCUUUGCUAUGAUCAUUGACAAACUGGAAGAGGACAUAAGCAGCUCUAUGACCAAUAGCACAGCUGCCAGUAGACCCCCGGUCACCCUGAGGCUGGUGGUCCCUGCUAGUCAGUGUGGCUCUCUCAUUGGAAAAGGUGGUUGCAAGAUCAAGGAAAUACGAGAGAGUACAGGGGCUCAGGUCCAGGUGGCAGGGGAUAUGCUACCCAACUCAACUGAGCGGGCCAUCACUAUUGCUGGCAUUCCGCAAUCCAUCAUUGAGUGUGUCAAACAGAUCUGCGUGGUCAUGUUGGAGUCCCCCCCGAAGGGCGUGACCAUCCCGUACCGGCCCAAGCCGUCCAGCUCUCCGGUCAUCUUUGCAGGUGGUCAGGACAGGUACAGCACAGGCAGCGACAGUGCGAGCUUUCCCCACACCACCCCGUCCAUGUGCCUCAACCCUGACCUGGAGGGACCACCUCUAGAGGCCUAUACCAUUCAAGGACAGUAUGCCAUUCCACAGCCAGAUUUGACCAAGCUGCACCAGUUGGCAAUGCAACAGUCUCAUUUUCCUAUGACGCAUGGCAACACCGGAUUCAGUGGCAUUGAAUCCAGCUCUCCAGAGGUGAAAGGCUAUUGGGCAGGUUUGGAUGCAUCUGCUCAGACUACUUCUCAUGAACUCACCAUUCCAAACGAUUUGAUUGGCUGCAUAAUCGGGCGUCAAGGCGCCAAAAUCAAUGAGAUCCGUCAGAUGUCUGGGGCGCAGAUCAAAAUUGCGAACCCAGUGGAAGGAUCUACUGAUAGGCAGGUUACCAUCACUGGAUCUGCUGCCAGCAUUAGCCUGGCUCAAUAUCUAAUCAAUGUCAGGCUUUCCUCGGAGACGGGUGGCAUGGGGAGCAGCUAGAACAAUGCAGAUUCAUCCAUAAUCCCUUUCUGCUGUUCACCACCACCCAUGAUCCAUCUGUGUAGUUUCUGAACAGUCAGCGAUUCCAGGUUUUAAAUAGUUUGUAAAUUUUCAGUUUCUACACACUUUAUCAUCCACUCGUGAUUUUUUAAUUAAAGCGUUUUAAUUCCUUUCUCUGUUCAGCUGUUGAUGCUGAGAUCCAUAUUUAGUUUUAUAAGCUUCUCCCUGGUUUUUUUUUUUUUUUUUUUUUUUUGGUUUUUUUGUUUUUUUUUUUUUUGGCUCAUGAAUUUUUCUGUUUGUCAUGGAAAUGUAAGAGUGGAAUAUUAAUACAUUUCAGUUUAGUUCUGUAAUGUCAGGAAUUUUUCAAAAAAAUUAAAAGAUGGACUGGAGCUUUUUCUUUGUGAAUAGAAACUGGAUGCCACAGUGAUGCAUGUGGGUUUUAUUCCUCUUGUCUUGCUGUUAUUUUUGUAUCUUUUAUCCCUCAAAGGACCCUUCUUGGGUUUUGAAUGGAAGCCUUUAUUCUGGUUAAGAUGUUUUCUAUUUUACCACUUCCAUCUUUUUUUGUGGCCCUUGAUCCUAUUUUUGCCUGACUCCAUGCUUGGUUGGCCCUUAUAAAACUUGCACCCAAAAGAUGAGGAUUAGACUUUCCUAGGACUUACCUGUCCUAGGAGUAGGCAAGCACUUCCACUGGGGGGUGGGGGAAAGGAAUGACACAUGACAUACAUGGCAUACACAUUAAGCAGUUGAUCAUAUAGUUUGGGUUCCAGUUUCUUGGGAAUGUUGGUCCCCUUGUUCAGGCUUGCAUAUUUUAAACUAAAAAUUUCAGUCUAUUGUUUUUAGUAACUUCAUUUAUAGUCCUCCAUAACAAGUUAGAAGAAUGUAUCUGCUACCAUUUAUUCCUAUAAUUUUAGAAAGUUGGGGCUUCACAUUAUACUCAUUUAGUGAGAGUAGAUGCAAAAAAGUAGAGGGGCAGGAGAACUUCUCCAGACACCUCAGAUAAAGUCUGGAGCCCAAGGCUUUAUCUUAACCAUGUAUGGUACCCCAUUCAUUCAUCAAGAAAACCCUCAACAGCUGGGCCUGCAUGGAGUGUUAUAUUUCAAGGUUUUUCACAGGGGUUACAGUAGGACAGUCCCCACCCCAAUCAGGCACCAGGAUAAAAGCAGGGACUUAAACAGCACCCCAGUUCUUCAGCCUGAGCCAUCACAUGCUAUCAGUCUCCUAACCUCCCCCUGGGCCUUAAGACAGGGCUUGGGCAGAGAAGAUGAAUGGUGGGACAAAAAAAUGAGUUACACUGCCACCUGAGAAACCUCAGAGGGGAGGACCCAGCCUUAGCCUCCCUCCUCCCAAGUGCAAAAUGUGUAAACAGUAAAUGGAACAGAAAAGUGCA